GAAAGGCGAGCCAGGCGGCUGCCCGAUCAGCUGUCGGCGCGCACUCGCUCCCGGCCCGGCCCAGCCCAGCCCGGCGCGGAGGCCGCCGCCUGCCCUGCGGGGCCCGACGCCAGCGCUCCGGGUAGCAGCUCCAGGGCCGGCCCGCGCGUGCGCCCGGGAGCCGCGCUCCACCAUCCCCAGCGGGGACCGAGGAGCCCGGCCGAGCCCGAGAAGCCCGCGGCCGCGAUGCCUGACGAGCUGACGGAGCCCGGGCGCGCCACGCCGGCCCGCGCCUCCUCCUUCCUCAUCGAGAACCUGCUGGCGGCCGAGGCCAAGGGCGCAGGGCGCGCGACCCAGGGCGACGGCAGCCGGGAGGACGAGGAGGAGGACGACGACGACCCCGAAGACGAGGACGCCGAGCAGGCGCGGCGGCGACGGCUACAGCGGCGGCGACAGUUGCUCGCGGUCACCGGGCCCGGCGGGGAGGCGCGGGCCCGUGCGCUGCUCGGGCCGGGAGCGCUGGGCCUCGGUCCUCGGCCGCCCCCCGGUCCCGGGCCGCCCUUCGCUCUGGGCUGCGGAGGCGCAGCGCGCUGGUACCCACGGGCGCACGGUGGCUAUGGAGGCGGCCUCAGUCCUGACACCAGCGACCGGGACUCACCGGAGACGGGCGAGGAGAUGGGCCGUGCGGAGGGCGCCUGGCCGCGAGGCCCAGGGCCGGGAGCGGUGCAGCGGGAGGCAGCGGAGCUGGCGGCGCGUGGCCCGGCGGCCGGCACGGAGGAGGCGUCGGAGCUGGCCGAGGUCCCUGCGGCGGCUGGGGAGACACGCGGCGGCGUUGGCGUGGGCGGCGGCCGAAAGAAGAAGACGCGCACAGUCUUCUCCCGCAGCCAGGUCUUCCAGCUGGAAUCCACCUUCGACCUGAAGCGCUACCUGAGCAGCGCCGAGCGCGCCGGCCUGGCCGCCUCCCUGCAGCUCACCGAGACGCAGGUUAAGAUCUGGUUCCAGAACCGCCGCAACAAGUGGAAGCGGCAGCUGGCAGCCGAGCUGGAGGCGGCCAGCCUGUCCCCGCCGGGAGCGCAGCGCCUGGUCCGCGUGCCGGUGCUCUACCACGAAAGCCCCCCGGCCGCGGCCGCCGCUGGGCCCCCGGCCACCCUGCCCUUCCCGCUGGCACCCGCCGCGCCCGCGCCGCCCCCACCGCUGCUCGGCUUCUCCGGGGCCCUCGCCUACCCGCUGGCCGCCUUCCCGGCCGCCGCCUCCGUGCCCUUUCUGCGGGCGCAGAUGCCUGGCCUGGUGUGAGCCCCGCCUGCCGGGACCUCUCCCCACGACCCUGUGGACCUGUGUGGACGCGCGAUUCAGCGGCAGGCGCAGGGCUCAGGG